AAGUAGCCGGCAUUCAACAUAUUAUAUGGGUGUAGUUGAUUUUGAUUCUCAGCUCGCGUCGGUUAUUGCAUUCUGCCUUAAAGUCCAUCGCCUGCCGCCCUAACAACAGUCUUAUCAAUGAAUUAAUUUAGAAACCUCAGCUCAGCCAACUAAAAGUACAGAGUCGAACAAAAGCCAUUUAAAACAUGGAGAACAAACAUAAAAACUGUCUGCCAUCUCUGCUUCUUCUGGCCCUCUUUUUUGGAAGUUUGGACCAGGGAAGCACAGCUUUAAUUCCUCCGAGCAGCCAGCAAAUCUUCAAGCUGCAAAAUCAAGUGAUUCUCCAGGAAUUGGGAAAAGACUCAAGUGCCAAGGAGACGAGAUAUACAUUUGAGAGCGAUCUUAAGAUCAAUUCGGUUUGGAGUCGUGAUGAAGAUCAGUUGCUGGAGGUCUUUCUCAGCGGCAGUCGGGUUGAUGCCUCCGGAAAAUCCCGACCCAUCACCCAGAUACCCGAUAGGCCUUUCUACAUAAGUCUGGUCAAGGGACAGCCUGAAAAGGUGAUCGCCCACUCUUCGAAAGAUCAAUCCCUGCUUAAUUUGAAGCGCGGAAUAGCUUCGCUCCUGCAGCUGAGAUUGGAUGGCUCCCAGGAGGAGGAAUUGGAUGUUUCUGGCCUGUGUCGAGUGUCCUACAGUGUGAAAUCUUCAACGAAAGUUGAGAAAACCAAAAGAGACUGUUCUCUGUGGGAUCUCAGGGUGAACUAUCACCCGGAAGAAGCUCUGGGCAUUGCUCAGCAAGCCCGGGAGCAGGUCUCCUACGAGCUCUCUUCAGAGGGAACUCUUUUGAAGGCAGAGUCCGUGGAGAAUCACCGCCUGAGCCUAGCGGCCAAACCGGAUGUGGGAAGCUCGGUGGAGAGUACUCUAGUCCUGCAACACGUUUCCCAAGGAUCGCAGGAGGUGAAACAACUGGAAAGGGACAACCUUGAGGAGGUCAUCCAGAGCCUGCUGGACUGGAAUCGCGUUUUCGAGCUGGAAUCCGAUGUAGAUGGCAUGAUCAGCGAGAUCAGAGAGCAAACUCUUGAGGAACAACUGAAGGCUUCUCUGGAGGAACUGCAAUCCGAGGACGUGGGCAAAUCCACGCUGGCUCUUGCUUACGUCAAACUAAUCCCCUUGGCUCGCAUCACCGGGCAGGAACAGUUCGAAGAUCUACUCAGGGAGCACUCGAAACUGCUGCCCCAGUUGAUGGAUCUUCUGGGUGCUGUGCAAACCUUCGAUGCGCAUAAUGCCACCUUUGAAUUCCUCUACAAAGGGGCGGAAAUCUCGACCGAGCAAUUGGAUCUGCUGGAGAAAUACUUGCAGUCGCUAGCGGUGGCCACGCAUCCGGAUAGGAAAAUAAUCGAACAUUUGUACGGAUUACUCGAGCUGGAAUCUAUCCAAAAGCAGUUAAAGCUUAGGGAAAGCAUUAUCCAAACUCUGGCCACGUUAACCCGCCUAAGCCGAUUCGAUGUUGAGGAUCCUUUGCUGCAGCAAGUGCGAGAUUAUAUCCUGCAAGGCUUGACCUCUAAGGAGCCCACUUUGUACAUCAGGGCUCUGCAGAAUCUCCAGGAUCCGGCCACCAUUGCAUCCCUGCUGGAACAGGCUCAAAGUGACAAGCAGCCGCAUUUAUCGGUGGCUGCUUUGCAGGCCCUGAAAGCUUUUCCUUUGAACAGCUUUGAUUCGCCGCAUCGAAGGCAGUUUGAAAGUAUCUUCUACCAGCGAAGGCGGCGCUUUGAUAGCUCCGCUCGCACCCUGGCUCUGGACAUUAUCCUAUCGCUCAGGCCGAGUCAGGAGCAAUUGGGUCACCUGUUGGAGUACCUGGCCUCCAAUGAUCGUCAGUUUGAGAUCAAAACCUAUGUGCUGCAGAAGCUGCGCAUGCUGGCUGAGAAGUGCCCACGAUUCAGGGCUCUGUUUAAAACGGAGCUGGCUAAAAGGAAGCAGGUGAACAACUACAAUGUGCUGGGACAAAAGGGCCUGACGACAGUCCUCACCCGCCAGCUUUCUCUGGCGCCUGCCUUCAACGAAUCCCUCUUGAGCACUCAGGAAGUGUACCAGGGAAUCCUCAAGCGUGGCUCUGUGGAAUUUCUGCUCCACGCAGGACGCUCCCAGGCUAGCAGCUUCAAAUUGGGCAUCUACACUGCCGGCUUGGGUUCGCUGGUUGGCGAUAGUGAUUCGGGUGAUGGAAAUGACCAGAUUCCGGCGGACGAUGAACUGGGUGGCGAGGAAACAGUAACGGCAGGCAUGGAGAUCAGUGUGCAGGGCGCCCAAUUGCGACCGCUGAUCUUCUUCAGCGGUCAGACGGAGCUAAUGGGGCACGUGUGGGGAGGAAGUGCCUCGGACUCGACGCCCGCCUACCAGGCAACCACUUUGGCCCAGGACAACGAGCACUACAUAAUCCUGGCAUCGGGGGCCACUCUGCAUUGGCGAGUGCUGGGCGCUAGGAGUGUGGAUCUCAAUGGCAAGGUGGGCUUCAGCCUGUGGAACCGGAAUGCUCAGACGGAGAUUCAGCAAAACACUGGGAGCGCUGUCCUGGGUCACGUGGCCGUUGGUUUCACUUAUGCGAAAUUAGUCCAGGAUUUCAGCCUCACCCACGAACCGAAACUGAGUCUGAAUGCGGACCUGGACUUUUACAGCGGCAUUAAACUGUGCAUGCAGCUUCAGCGACCCGAACAGCUUCUCAAACAAACCUCCAUUCGUUCGGUUUUCCUACAAAACGUGGAUCGACCUUAUGCCAAACAUGUGCGCUCUAUACUGUCCCACAAAACUGCGGGCUGCACUUUCGCCCUAAAUCAGAAGAACAACGAAAUGUGCAACAUCAUAUUUAGCGACUAAUGAAACUUUCUUCGAGAUUAUUGGGAAUCCCCUGUGCAAAAAGAGAUAAAUACUGUAAUGAUAUGUUAAAAACUCAGAGAUUAAGACUCGUAUAGUUGUAAACUCAAACGAACAAAGACAAUUUAAUUUUCAUA